CCCCUGUAAUGAGUUGGGAAAAGGAGUGUCCUCCUUCCACUUCAGUCCAGCAAGUUCAUGGCAUUGCUCUGGCUGCGAAGGGGAAGAGGAAAAUGCAUGAAUCGGAGCUGCCUCUGCCGUCUACUCCACCUAAAUCCACACCCCAUUUUCAACUUUCUUCGCCUGAGACUUCCAGUCGCUACAGCCCCCGCCUUCUCCAAAGAAUGCAGUCCGAUACUUGCUUCCGAUGUGGCCAACAAGGUCAUUGGAUGCGUGAUUGCCCUGUCAACUCUCAAAAUCUCAAAUAUAAAGGGCUAACCAGUGAAAAUACCGAUAUUCCGAAGAUUUAUUGCCGCUGUGGUUAUGGAGUUUGUGAAGUCAGAACGGCCAAGAACGAUCGUAACUAUGGGAAAAAGUACUACGUCUGCCCCAUCAAAAGGGGGAAGAAAUGUAAAGAUUUUGUAGGAUGGUGUGAUGGUAAAGUUGAUGAGAGUCAUUUACAUCCUCCUCCAUAUAAAUACCCAAUGUGUUCUUGCGGCGCUGGAGUGUGUAGGAAGGUGAAACAGACCGGUGGCGAAAAUGAGGGUCGCUAUUUCUUUGCUUGCCCGAUCGGAGGGGACCAUGGAGCUUGCAGUUACCACCUGUGGGAGGAUGCUUUGUUGGGUAAACCAAACAUUGCUCCUAUUCAGCCAGGCAGUCAGAGUACGCUUCAUGAUUUUUGGGACAAAGAGAGUAAUCGACUAGAUGAAGACAAUGUAAACGACUUAGGUAUGGAUGGGGAUUCUCCUUCCAAAAGGAUCAGAUUAUUGUGUGAUUCUGAGCUUGUAGAGGGAGAAGAUGAUGUGCUCUCAAUAGAGGGAAGGGAUCCUACAGAACUGUCAAGCUGUCCGAACCACCUUGGUUUUCCUAAAUUGGAGGCUGCUGAAGAUCCCGAGGAUAUAGACGUGUUAAACACAGUGUCAUGGAAUGCUGUUGAGGAGAUUGGGCAAUCAAUAAUUAAUCUAUCAACAGCUUCCGGCAUCCGUGCUCGACAGAGAGAAUUUCAAAUGCAAAUAUCUACUGAUGUAGAUGCAUCUUUUGAUCCUUAUCCAAUGGAUUGGUUAGGUCGGCUUGCAUUCUUUCAUCCAACUCUAAACUUAAAACUCUCCCAACCUAAGCCUCUUUUCUGUUGUGUUUUCCCAUCAUUUAAUGCUAUCAUCACUCCUACAGAAAAGAUUAAUCAUGAUGGUUUUCCUAGUGAAUCUAAUCAACUUGUAAUUAGCAAUCCUGGUGAACAUGCGAUACUUUCAACUGAUUGCCUUUUUGAGGGUUUUAGAAAUGCUGUUAGCACAAAUGUAUCACUUACUAGUGAAAGAAAGCCAAUGUCCAAAGCACAAAGGCAAAAGCAGAUUGUAUUAAAUGCCUUAAAAGAUCUUCUAUUUGAACUUGAGUCCAUGAAUCCUCUUGAUUACGUGUCUAUGAGAAAGGCUGCAGAGGAUACUUUUGAUUUGUUGAAAACUUUACCAGUUGACUAUAAAAAAUUUUCAGAACAUGUUUGGGAGUUCAUCAACUCUACAUCUUCCUCAGUUGAAGUGCAAAAUUCUGCUCAAAAUGACCUUUCCCUUGAAGAGCACAUUCAGCAUUAUGAGGAGGAGAAACUGAGACUUUCUGGCAUCCAUGACAACUUUGUCAAGACUAAUGCUUUACUUAAAGCAUCUCAGUGGCAUAGUCAAUCCCUUCGAGAGAAGGCCUCUCGACUUAAGGAGAUGCUUCAAGGAGUAGAAUCUCAACAAAUUUCUUGUGAGAUGAAGAUCAAGAAAAUGGAGACUCAACUUGGUGAGAUCAAUGCAAGUAUGAGGGAGGCCGAAGAAAGCUUAAAGAUUACAGCUAAGCGACUGGGCCUUGCAAAAAAACUCAGUCAGGAGAUAGAAGCAAAGCAACUUGCAGCCAAGACAGCAUUGGAGAAGGCCAAACUUGAAUUAGAGAGAUAAUGUUCUAUAUCUUCAUAUUUGUAUAAGGAGCAAAAAGAACCUUAAUUCAUGUGAUUAACACAAAUCAGAAAAAGCUAACUGAUGUUAAAAAAUAGUGUUCUUUAUCCGCAUGGUAAUGUAUAAGUUAGCUCUAGUAGUUGUCGUCAAAUAUAUUUAGUUUAAUUUGUGUUUUUCUUUUUGUGUAGGGUCAAUCAAUUUCGUGUCCUUAACAAAGUCUUCUUUGUAUCGAUAACAGCUUGCUGCAUGAAAAUAAUGGCCCACUCUUUUUUGCAAAAUUGUAAUAUUAUCGUAAUCCUAAUUCUUGUAAAGAUAGCAGUAGUUCAUAUUUUGGUUGGUUCAAGAA